GGAGAAAAAAACAACUUCGUUUUUUCGACUUCAUCACUAAACCUAGGAGGGCUUAACCUCAGUCUCAGUUUCAGUCUCAGUCUCAGAAGACACAACCACUCUUUCUUGCUUGAUCUCCAUUAAUUAUCCUCCAUUUCAAUCUCUAUCACUGCCUGAAACUUGUCCUUCCAUAUCCUCAAACCUCCAUUACUGUCCAACAAGAAGAACCACAAUAAUCCAUUACUGUCCAACAAGAACAAAUACAAACAAAAGCCAGAAAUUUUCACGACGAUGUCAAUGGUGAUGAAGAGAGUAGGAUCUUCAUUCUUUACUACACAUCUUCGUGGUCCUUCAUUUCCUCAUACUGGUACUUUUUCUUUCUAUUUCCCCCUGUUUUACCAGUCUUCUAUUGAACGAUUACAUUGCCAAAGUUAUGAUUAUCGUCAAUUGAUUAUUCAAUGUAAUUUAGGGUUUACUAAAAUUGAUGAUGCCCUUUAUCUGUUUCGCCAAUUGAAAUCGUUACAUCCUCCACCUUCUAUCAUUGAUUUUAAUCUAUUGUUUUCGACCAUGUUGAAGAUGAAACCGAAUCCCCCUUUUUCUACUGUUAUUUCUCUUUCUAGGGAGCUUUAUUUGUCAGAAAUCCGUCCAGAUUUGUUUUCCCUCAACAUAUUAGCUAAUUGUUUCUGUCGAUUAGGCUAUGUAGAUUAUGGGUUUUCGAUACUUGCCAUUAUCAUUAAGUUAGGACAUGAAGCUAAUAUGGUUACCUUCAAUACUUUACUAAAUGGUCUUAUUCGGUCUCAUCGAUUCCAUCAAGUGGAUUUGUUGCUAGAUAAAAUUAUCUAUCUUGGCUUUCAAGCUACCGUUGUUACUUAUGGAGCUAUGUUUAAAGGUCUUUGUAAAGUAGGAAACAAUGUUGGUGCUCUUCGUUUACUUGAUAAAUUGGAAUGUCAUGGACAUUGUAUUCCUGAUAUUGUUAUAUAUAGUACUAUUAUUGAUAGUCUAUGUAAAGAUCAACUUUUACCACAAGCUCUCAACCUCUUUGCUAAGAUGAAAAAGAAGGGCAUUUUCCCGGACAUCAUUACAUGGGCUUCAUUACUUCAUGGAUUUUGUGAAGCUGGACAAUUGGACGAGGCAAUGGAGUUGAUAGAUAAAAUGGUGAUUGAAGGGGUUUCUCCUAAUAUUGUCACCUAUAAUACUCUACUAGAUGGCUUAUGUAAAGUUGGACAACUUAAAAAGGCAAUAGAUGUGUUUUUAUCUCUCACAUCUAAAAGAUUAAAGCCAGAUUUACAUACUCACACCAUAAUGAUUAGAGGACUUUGUAAAGGAGGUUUAGUUGGUGAAGCAUAUGAGCUCUUCAAGAAAAUGGAGGAUGAUGGAUGUUCUCCGGAUGCGUGUGCCAUGAACACGAUAAUCACGGGAUUAUUUAAAGCUAAUCAUCUUUGCAAGGUUUUUGAGCUUGUAAAUCGUAUGACUAACAAACAAUUCAAGGCUAAUGCUACCACAACUUUAUUGUUUCAAGGUUUAUUAACUCAUGACAAUGUUAGUGAUGCACAAAAGGAAUUAAUUGUACAAAUUUUGAGAUCUAACAAUGUAUGUUUUGACGGAUCUAAGGCUCUGAUAUUGUUGUUCAACAUCAUUGCAUUAUGUUCAUGCUCAGUUGUUCACUACCAAUCUUCCAUGAUCUUAGCAAUGGAGUUGAUGGAUAAAAUGGUGAGUGAAGGGGUGUCUCCUAAUAUUGUCACCUAUAAUACUCUAAUAGGUGGCUUAUGUAAAGUUGGACAACUUAGAAAAGGAAUAGAUGUGUUUUUAUCCCUCACAUCUGAAAGAUUAACUCCAUGUUUACAUACUUACACUAUAAUGAUUAGAGGACUUUGUAAAGGGUGUUUAAUUGGUGAAGCAUAUGAGCUCUUCAAGAAAAUGGAGAAUGAUGAAUAUUCUUCUGAUGCACUUGCCAUGAACACGAUAAUCAUGGGAAUAUUUAAUGCUAAUCAUCUUAGCAAGGUUUUUGAGAUAUGGCCGACAAUGAAGAGCUUGGAGGAACUUGAACUAGAUGUUAACACACAUAAUGAUAUGAAUCUCAUGUGGAAUUUUCAGAAACUCAUAGUAUUGCUAUUGGCCAUGGAGGAGUUGGUGCGCCUCUUAUUGCAUUGGCUAGUUCCAAAGCUGAAGAUGUUCAUGAAGCAGCUACUGGAGCUCUUUGGAACCUUGCCUUCAACCGUUGUAAUGCACUGCGGAUUAUAGAAGAAGGUGGUGUUCGUGUCCUUGUUCAUCUCCGUUUCUCUUCUGUGUCGAAGAUGUCGAGGUUUAUGGAUGCAUUGGCAUCAGCAUAUAUGUUUGAUGGAAGGUAAGUAUUUAAACUUUGUUUGCCUUGUUUACAUAAGUGUUGAGUUAUCUUGAAUUUGCCUUCUUGAUAUGUGGGAACUAAUGGUAUUUCAUCAAGAUUUGUGGGGAAAACAUCUACCUUAUCUCAAACUUAGAUUCAAAAUGACUAUUAAUUCCUGCACGACCAUGUUGCAUGACUAAAGGUGUUCAAAGCUGAUACGGUGAUUUGAUUUUUAAUGGACCGACCUUAUAACCGAAUUCGAUUUUGACCAACUAUGCAAAAACCAAUAUGAGCACAAUGUCCAAUUUCGAACCAAUUUAAAGCACCCAAUUUCAUAAUUUCCUUUGUUAGAUUAUUUAUUUACUUAUAUAUAACUUUUUGGAAUUAAGAGUCGGACAUUAUUGUUGUUUAUUUGCAUAUUUAAAUUACAAAAGAAAUUAGUCUAAAAAAUGUCAAUUAAAAUGACAAAUGUGACCCAUUGAUCAUGCUCAAAGUCAUUUUGCCCUCUACAAGCGGCUAUGAUAAAAAUGCGAGUUUUUUUUUUUUUAAAAAAAAAAAUAAAUCAAAUGUAGAAUUUUUAAAAGUUAACCACUUAAAGGUUUGAUUUUUAGUUUUGACUUUUCCAAAAUUAAUACAGAGAUCAAAAUGUAAAUUGUGCUGUUAUUCUAGAAGUACAUCUGCCUUUGAUUUUGUAUCAAGAUUUGCAGUUGAUCUCCGUUUAAGUUUCCAUAUUUCUUUACAUGUAUUCCUUCCAUCUGUGACAAUUGACAAACAUGACAUGUUAAUUAAUUAAAAUAUAUAUUUGAACUUAUUACCAUUAAUUAUAAAGAAAAUAGAAUAAAAAUAAUAAUUACCUUCCUUUUCUGGCAACAAAAUUUUAUUCUUCUUACUAAAAUCAUGACCAUUACUUAACACCUAACUUUACCUCAUUAAAACUAUUAUUUAAAUAAAAGUAGAUAAUUAUAGUUUACUUUAUGAAUUAGAUUCGAGGUUAGAUUCUAUGAAUCAGAAUUUAUGAGGAAAAUAAAAUAAAAAAUUAUUAUUGUGCAAGCAUGGUCUUUGGGGUAUAAUAUAUGAAAAUAACAUAAUUUUUUUUUGCUAAAAUUCUAAAAUUAGUUUUUCAGUAUUGAGACCAAAAAAAAUUUACAAAUUAUAAUUGUUAGAUAUUGACCCAAAACAAAAAAUAGCGGAAAAAUUAGUAUAGUGUAGCUCAAAUUUAUUGACAUAAAACACAAAAUUUACCUACUUUUUAGAAAAUAAAUUGUAUCAAUCGAAUUCAAUUAGAUAUCUAAAUACUAUUAAGAUUUAACAGAUCUAAAUCGUACAUCAUCAUGAUAAUAAUAGAAUGUAUGAGUCUAACUAAAAAAAGCCACGAUAUAUAGCAAUAAUAGUAAUAAUAUUAUUAUUAUUUUUAUUAUUUGUAUAAGAAAUUUAGAGGACAUCGGCACGCAGUUGCUAGCAUGAGAUCAUCAAAUGAUUUCAACGUUAAGGUUAGUGAUAAUAAAUUCAGUAAAUCUAGUCAUAUUUUAUGAUUAUAAAUUAAAAAUCAAUUAAUACGAGUGUUUUGAUGGAAAAAUGGACAUAUUUUAAGGGAUAAAAUUUAAAACGAAAUAUAAAAAAGAAUUUAGGAGCUGCAAACAUUGAAGAAAAGAUAAAAUAGAAUUGUUUAAAUGAUUUGGGCUUGAGCAAAGACUAAACGAAUCAAUAAGAAGGAUAGAAAGUUAAAGCUCGGGAGUUAAAAGCUAUAAUCUUGUAAAAAUGAAGGGAGUAAUAAUCGACCAAAAAAUUAAUUUGAAAAUUAAAGCCGUAGAAUAUGUUAUUUAUAUCAGCCUAUCAUAUAUUCUCCUAAAGUCUAGAAAGAUGAAAAAAAAAAAUACUUACCAACAAA